AUGUCAGUCCCAGAUGCAGCAAUUGGGUACCUGCUGAACAACCUAGACCAAGUAGUGAGGUACAACUAUCAUCUGAUUGCGGACGUGAAGGACAACAUUGAAUCGCUUUCCAGUGAGCUGAAGUUGCUGCAAGGGUUAAUGAAGGAUUUCAUCAAGUACAAUAACGACAGCGACUACCUCAAAGAGUUGGUCAACUCCAUUAGAUCCAUAGUUGAAGAAGCUGAGGAUGCUGUUGAUACUUAUGUUGUUAAGGCCGCGCUCCAGAAAUCGAAGAGCAAAGUCAACCAAACUCUUCACUCCAUCGACUACGCCAAACAGCUCCGGUCCGUUGGGAAACAAAUUGAACAAAUCAUUGACAAGGUUAAGAAAAUCGUUGAAGGCAAGGCCCAGGGUGCUAUUCAGAUCUUGCAACAGCAAACCGGUGAUAAGAUUCAUCAACCCGCUAAGCCCAAAGAGGAAGAGCAUGUGGUUGGUUUUGAUGGCGCAAUUGAACACGUGAGCAAACUCCUCACUAAAGGAUCAGAAAAGCUAGAAGUAAUCUCGAUAGUAGGAAUGCUAGGAUUAGGGAAGACCACACUAGCUAAAAAAGUUUUUAACCACCAAGAUGUUGAUUAUGAGUACAUGAUUCGGGUUUUUGUCUAUGUCUCAAGACAAUAUGAAAGGAGGGAAGUUUUCCUCAAGAUAUUGGGUUCAAUUUCUAAAAUCAAUGAUGAGUUGAGCCGCAUGUCAGAAGAUGAUCUAGAAACACAUCUUCGCAAGAAUUUAGAGGGGAAACAAUAUUUGAUUGUGUUGGAUGAUGUUUGGGAGCAAAAAGAUUGGGAUAGAUUAAGAGAUGCGUUUCCUAUAAACAACAAGCGUUGUAGAGUCCUCAUAACUACUCGACAUGAGAAAGUAGCUGACCAUGCUAAGAAUUCGGAUACGCCUUUCUACAAAUUAGACUUUCUACCAUUGGACAAGAGUCGUGAGUUGCUUCGUUGGAAGGUUUUUCGGGAUAACACCUUCCGCGAUGAGUUUGACAAGUAUGAGGAACAAAUUGCAAAAAAAUGUGAUGGAUUACCACUUGCUAUAGUAGUUAUUGCAGGUUUUAUAGUUAAUCAUCCAACAAGAAUUGAAUGGUGGAAAAAGGUUGCUGAAAGUGUGAAUGAUUAUAUUGCUAGGGAUCAAGGGCAAACUGCUAAGGUUAUAGAUUUGAUGUACACACACUUGCCAAACCAUUUGAAACGUUGUUUUCUGUAUCUUGGGGUCUUUCCAGAAGACUUUGAAAUCCCAGUGUGGAAAUUAGUGCGGUUAUGGAUUGCAGAAGGGUUUAUACCGCAGGAUGGAAGUGUGAGUUUGGAGGACAUGGCAGAGGAGUACCUGGAUGAACUUAUUUAUAGAAACUUGGUCAUAGUUGCACAAAGGCGAUCAGAUGACAAAAUCAAAACUUGUCUCAUCCAUGACACUCUGCAUGAUUUUUGCAAGAAGGAAGCAGACAAAGAAAACCUCUUCCAAGAAAUUAAAAAAACAAAUAUUUCCUCCUUAUUAGUAAACCCAAUCUUGGAUCAACGUCGAAGACUUUGCCUCAAUAAUGUCGAUGUUCUGACCUUUCUUUCUUCGGCACGUUCUGGUAAGUACAUUCGCUCUUUCUUAAACUUUUCUAGGGAGGAGACCAAUGUGGAUGUAACACAGGUUUCUAAAAUUGCAAAAACCUUCAACCUUCUCCGAGUGUUGGAGAUUCAGUCUCUCAAAUUCACCCGUAUGCCCAUUGACCUAAGCAAUCUUGUGCUUUUGAAAUAUAUAGCCAUAUCUUCAAACCUUAGCACCAUACCAGAUAAACUCACUGACUUGUGGAAUAUGCAAACUCUCAUAGUGAACACAGAUUCAUCUUCACUUGUGAUAAAAGCAAACAUAUGGAAGCUGCCCCAGUUCAGGCAUUUGCACACUAAUACAUCCACAAUUCUACCUUCCCCUAAUUCCACAAACCCAAAAAAGAAAGAUGAGGUUUUCAUUGUUCAAAAUGUCCAAACGUUGUCCACCAUUUCCCCUGAGAGUUGCACCAAGGUAAUUCUUAGUCGGGCUAGCAAUAUCAAGAAGUUGGGUAUCCGUGGGAAUUUAACGAAGCUUUUUGAGUUCAAGGAUGAAUCUAGUUUAUUUGACAACCUUCAGGAUUUAGGAUCUCUAGAAAAUUUGAAGUUAAAGAAUGACUUCACAUCCUCCAAGUCCAAGAUAGCCUCUCUUCCUCCUGCUCAAAACUUCCCUCUACAGUUGAGAUUGCUAACGCUGUUGGGAACCCAACUGGAUUGGACAGAACUGAACACACUGGGAAAGCUUCCUAACCUUGAGAUUCUCAAGCUAAAAGAACAUGCAUUCAAAGGGAAGAAGUGGCAGUCUCAAAGAGGGGGUUUCUUGCUGCUCCGACAUUUGCACAUUGGACACACAGAUAUGGAAGAAUGGGAAGCUGAACCAGAUCAUUUUCCUAGACUCAAGAGCGUUAAACUCGAGAAUUGCGCGAAGCUUAAGAAUGUCCCAGAUGGCUUGGCAGAUAUUUCCAGCCUUCAAUCAAUAGUCCUUCACUGCACGACAGUGAUAAGACUCAUCCUCUCAUUUAUUGUUCAUUGUGAAAAAUCAAGAAUCAAGCACUCCAGCAGCAAUCCCAUUGAUGGUAAUAAGCAAGGUAUCUCUCAGCUGAUUGUUCCUGUAUCCACUAAUCGCUUUAAGAUGGAAAGAAUUAACAGAUCAAGCGCGUAUGAAAUAUCCACACACGCUUUUGGAGUAGUAAACGAGUCAAGUGACAAUAAUAAUAGUAACAAAAGACUUGCAAUAAUGAAAGACUUGAUAGAAACAAUAAGUUUCCUGCUGGACAACAUUGUCCAGCUGCUCAAGUAUAACUAUGGUCUGGUGGCUGAUGUUAGGGACAACAUUUUGACGCUGCGGAAAGAGCUGGAAUCUCUGCAAGCCCUGAUGAGGGAUUUCGCCAAGUACAACAACGACAGCGAUUUCCUUAAACAUUUGGUGAAGGAGAUUAGAUCCAUUGUUGAAGAUGCUGAGGAUGCUGUGGAUGAUUACGUGGUCCAAGUUGCCAUCCAAAAAUCAAGAACCAGAGUUUCCAAAGUUUUUCACACCAUCGAUUAUGCUAAAAAGCUUCGGAACGUUGGGAAGAGAAUUCAGCAGAUUAGUGAUGAGGUUAAUAAACAUGUGCAGAAGGCGCAGGGUGCUUAUCAUAUCUUGAAAUAUCAGGCCCAAACGCUCCAUCGAUCCCCUAAGUCCAGAGAGGAACCAAAAGUCGAGGAAGAGCAUGUAGUCGGUUUUGAUGGUGCCAUUGAAGAAGUGAGCCAACUUCUCAUAGGUGGAUCAGAACAACUUGAAGUAAUCUCAAUAGUUGGAAUGUUAGGACUCGGGAAGACGACAUUAGCUAAAAAAGUUUUCAACCACCAAAAUGUUGAUUAUGAGUACAUGAUUCGGGUCUUUGUAUAUGUUUCAAAACAAUAUGAGAGAAAGGAUGUGUUCCUCAAGAUUCUGAGUUCAUUUGAAAAGGUCGAUGAUGAUGUGAGCCGCAUGUCCGCGGACCAGUUAGAGAAACAUCUUUGCAAGAAUCUAAAGGGUAAGCAAUAUUUGAUUAUACUAGAUGACGUCUGGGAGAAAGAUGAUUGGAGUAGAUUGAAAGAUGCAUUUCCUAAUAACAAUAAGCGUUGUAGAGUCUUAAUAACUACUCGCUAUGAGAGAGUUGCGGAGCAUGCAAAAAAUUCGGAUACUCCUUUCUAUAGGUUAGAUUUUCUGCCACUCGAUAAGAGUCGCGAGCUACUUAGAUGGAAAGUUUUCCGUGAUGAUAUUGUCCGGGAUGAGUUUGACAAGUAUGAGGAACAAAUUGCAAGGAAAUGUGACGGUUUACCAUUGGCCAUAGUAGUCAUUGCAGGUUUUAUUGUUAAUCAUCCAUACAGAAUUGAUUGGUGGCAAAAGGUUGCUGAGAGUGUGAAUGAUUAUAUUGCUAGGGAUCAAGAGCAAACUACUAAGAGGGGAUCAGAUGAGAAAAUCAAAACAUGCAUUGUGCAUGACACCCUACAUGAAUUUUGUAAGAAGGAAGCCGCGAAAGAAAAUCUGUUUCAGGAAAUUAAGAAGGACAAUCUUUCUUCCUUCUCUGGAAACUCUAUCUUGGAUCAACAUCGACGACUCUGCAUCAACAAUGUUAACUUCUCGGACUUCAUUUCUUCAACUCCUUCUGGUAAGCGUGUUCGCUCUUUCUUAACUUUCUCUAGAGAGGAUACAAAUGUAGAUGUAAAUCAAGUUGCUUCCAUUGCAAAAAACUUCAACCUUCUUAGGGUGUUGGAGAUUCAGUCCCUCAAAUUCCCACGUGUGCCUUUUGACCUAAGUAACCUUGUUCUUUUGAAAUAUAUAGCCAUAUCCUCAAAGGUCUCAGUCAUUCCGGAAAAAAUAUCUUGCUUGUGGAACAUGCAAACUCUUAUUGUGAAUACAGAUUCAUCUAGACUUGAGAUAAAAGCAAACAUAUGGAGACUCCCACGAUUCAGGCAUUUGCAUACUAAUACAUCCACAAUGUUGCCUUCACCUGAUUGCAAAAACGCAAAACAGAAAGAAGAGGUUUCUGUAGUUCAAAAUGUCCAAACUCUAUCCACCAUUGCUCCUGAAAGUUGCACAAAAGAAAUUCUUACAAGGACCAGCAAGAUCAAGAAAUUGGGUAUCCGUGGGAGAUUAACCAAGCUUUUUGGGUUAAAGGAAGAAUUAGGUUUGUUUGGGAACCUUCAGGACUUGGAAUGUCUUGAAAGUUUGAAGUUAGUGAAUGACUUCAACUCCUCCAAGAUUGAUCAUCUUCCUCCAGCUCACAGCUUUCCCCAACAACUGAGGAUGCUCACACUGGUGAGAACACAACUGGAUUGGAGCGAACUUUUUGAGCUGGGAAAACUGCCGAAUCUUGAGAUUCUCAAGCUAAAAGAUUAUGCAUUCAGAGGGACAAAGUGGCUGUCUGAAAAGGGUGGUUUCCUGCUGCUCAAACAUUUGCACAUUGGAAACACAGAUUUGGAAGAGUGGGAAGCUUCAGCUGAUCAUUUUCCAAGACUCAAGCGUCUUGAACUCGAGAGCUGCACUAAGCUCAAGAGUAUCCCAGACGGUUUGGCAGAUGUUUCCGAUCUUCAACUAGUAGACCUUCAUUGCACAACUCCCGAGCUUGCUUCCUCCGCUGUUAGACUUCAACAAAGGAAAGUUAUGAACGGCGGCAACUUUAAACUCUCUGUUUACCCUCCAGAGCAUUUGAAGAAACCGGAAAUAUAA